UCAAAUAUCACUGUGAGGCAAUGACGUAGGGAUGCGGGCUUAUCUCCGCCUAGAGAAGUACAUUAUCCUUACCCCAUCACGUCCCCGUAAUCCGCGUUCAUACAUCAACAUCAGCCCGCAUGCUCUGAAACCUUUGGAAACAUAAAAUUAUAAAAUCGAGCAAAGCGACAACGUCCAGCUCCACCGCAGAAAUGUCGCCACUGACCCUCAUAUCAGCAACACCAUCGCCCUUUGCACGCAUGAACCGCAUCGCGCUCACUCUAAAAGGCAUACCCUUCGAGCUCAGGAAUGAGAUACCGUGGCAAAGCGCAACAGAGACACCCAAAUACAAUCCAUUGGAGAAACUGCCCAUCUUGCUUCUCCCUGACGGUCAACCGCCAGUCUACGAUAGCGCGCACAUCCAAGAAUACAUUGUGCGCAAGUACGCAGACAAAGGCCCGAAACUAAUCACCGGCGACAUGGACAUGGACCUACAAAUCCGACAAAUCGUCGUCUUGAGCGUGGGUUGCAUGGACGCCAUCGUGAUAGCCCGAUUUGAAGCUCGUCGGGAGAAAGACAAGCAGUCGCAGCUUUGGCUCGAUCGACAGAAGCGGAAGAUCGGUGGCGCAAUGCAGGCUUUCGACGAAAUGGUCCGGAGUAUAAGAGAGAAAGAGAAGGCCUAUCUCGUUGGUGACGAGAUGACAAUUGCUGAUAUUGCGGUCGUGUGUACAGUUGGGUUUAUCGAUUUCGGAAGCAUGAGCCCUGGAUGGAAAAGCAAGUACGAGGCACUGGCGAAGUGGUUUGAGGAACUGGACCAGAGGAAGGAGUUUGCGGAGACGAGGCCCGUUAUGUUUGAUCUGAAGGAGACUGUAGUGUAGAGGACUACAGUAUGGCUUCAAGGUCGU